AUGGAUCUUCGGCGCAUGCUCCCACUACCGAAACGGUACGACGCGGCCAUCGACCUCUUCACACGCUCUUGCGCCGGCUACUGCGUGGCCACCUUCAUCCUGGGCAUCGGUGACCGUCACAACAGCAACAUCAUGGUCAAGGACGACGGGCAGCUCUUCCACAUCGACUUCGGGCACUUCCUGGACCACAAGAAGAAGAAAUUCGGCUACAAGCGAGAGCGAGUUCCCUUCGUCCUCACCCAGGACUUCCUCAUCGUCAUCAGCAAAGGGGUCCAGGAAUGCACCAAAACCAAAGAAUUCGAGAGGUUCCAGGAGGUGUGCUACAAGGCCUACCUGACCAUCCGCCAGCACGCCAACCUGCUCAUCAACCUCUUCUCCAUGAUGCUGGGCAGUGGGCUCCCCGAGCUGCAGUCCUUCGACGACGUGGCCUACCUGCGGAAGACGCUGGCGCUGGACAAGACGGAGCAGGAGGCCCUGGAGUACUUCACCAAGCAGAUGAACGAGGCCCACCACGGCGGGUGGACGACCAAGAUGGACUGGAUUUUCCACACCAUCCGGCACAUGCCGCUUAGCGAGGCCAGCCACGACUGAGGGACCCUGCAGGAGGAGGUUGGUCCUGUGGACCCUCACUUGGGUGGGGCAGGCCCUUCCGGGCCACGCGACUGACUUCUCCGAGACUCCUGUGGUUCGUGUCCUCUCUUGGGACCAGCCGAGAUUGUAGGAGGGGUGGCACCGGAGGGGGACCUCAGAAUUCUGCCCUCCCGUUCCUCUCCGAGCCCCAGGGGGGAACGGAAAUGACCCCCUCCGUUGGCAACCAUGAUCCUCUCCUCGGGGUUCAACCCCAGAAAUCAUCCUAUGCUCAGAGACUUUUCCUCUCCCCUCCGCUGAAGCUUCCUGGGGGCGGGGCGGGGGGGGCGCUGCGGGGAGGAAGGAAGCCUGGGGAGCAAUCAAAAGAGCAGGGUAAUACUUGAAAAAGUCUGGAGUCCGAAAAGGAAGAAAAAAAAGAAUCAUAAUUAUUUUCUCUCUCUCCUUUUUUCAAAUAAAAAUUA